GUAGUGUUCGUUUGGUGACGAUCCUCCAAUGUGCUCGUGGGCUAUUUGGAAUCCCAAUGCGCUUUCGCGAAGUGGAGUACGGUACAGCAUACCGAGGGGUGUAAACAUCCACGACGUGUUUCGAGAAAAAGGGGUAACUGUUCAUUUCGAGGCAGUUGUUCUGGAGGACUUCUGUAAAUUUAACACUACUUUGGGAGGUGGGAAGAGGAAGAAUGAAAGAGGUCUUCCAACAGAGCGGUCGCAAUCAUGAACGGUGCCCUGUACAUUUCGUUUUUCCAAGGUCAGCUGGAGUCCGCGCUGGAGCAGGUAGUGCAGCUCUCCGUUCAGGAAAUCACCAACACUGUUGGGACCACUUUGAAUUCAAUGCUAUUGGAAACGGCCACCAAAGAGCAAGAAAACCAGCGUUUGAGGGCUACCCUUCAGUCUCGGGGAGGGAACGGGAAAAGCAAUGCGUCUAAAGGAAAAACAGACACGAACGAUGAAACAAAGCAACACACCCCCGGUCUGAGCCCUGGAUGUGGCGUUCAAUCCGAGACGCUCAGGCGUGAACAGAAAGCGCGAGCAGUUGGUCAGUUAAAAUCUGUUAUGGAACACGUGCUGGAAUUCGCCAUUUGUGAGCUGACUAAAAUCGUGGAAGACAGCUUUGACGACCUGCUCUCGGAGUUCACCAAGAAGGAGCGGGAAAACCAGCUAUUGAAAUGGCAGUUACUGGACAAGAACAUGAUGGAGGACAGUGAUGGGGCUGAUGUGGAAACGGAGGGCCGCAAAAAUGACUCCGCCUCUCCGAGCAGUUCCAGAGUAGAAAAGCAAGAGUCGAAAGGCCUGCAGGAUCAGUCACUCAAAAAAGAGUGUGAAAAGGAAAAAACCGAAACCACAAAUGAACCAGGUAAGCAGACGGUCAUCGAGGUGGCUCAGAACUGGGUGCCCAUCCUGGACAAAGUCUUCGGGCAGAAGUGGUGCAGUGACCUCUGGCAGAUCAAAGAGGUCACCAGCAGUAAAGGGGAGUGCACCGGGCUGAGCUCGGGCUCGGUGACUGACAUGGACAGCUUAAUUCGAGAGACGCUCAUGCCGUCUUGCCUGGCCACUCAGAGGAAGCUGGAGCUUGAGGUGGGGCAGCCACCAUGGUUGCCUCUAGACGAUAUGGAGGUUGUUUCUCUAACCUCUGAGACUGAAGGCGUUCCUGUCAUCAGCUCAUCAGGUGACUCUCAAAUCAGAUCCCCAUCAAUGUUGCAAAGACUCCUGACGCUUCCUUCCCAGCUGCUCGAGGAUGACGAGGAGUCCAUGGAUGCCGUUCCCAGUCUGGAAGUGUCCAAAGACCCAGCUGAUCCGCAAGACGGUAAGGGCUCAAAGAGUGACCAGAUGAAUAAGAAAGAGAAAGAAGACGAGGGGGACGAAGAAGAGGAUAAUGAGACGAUGGACAGGACUGAGUCCUUGAAACACAAAGGUAGGAGGAAAUCCCAAGCUUGCAAAGAUUGCGGCAGGAAGUUCAGCCGAGCGCAUCUUCUCAGAGCCCACCGACAAAUGCAUGAGGAGACGCCCAGCCGAUGCCCACAAUGUGGAAAGAGUUUCUCCCAGUCUUCAAGGCUCCAGGCUCACUUACGGACGCACACAGACAAAACAAUAUAAAAGCGCAAAGAUUGAAAAAAAAUUCAGGAGAAUAUGAGGGGAGGUUUUCCAGUGAUUUAUUGCUUCUUGAAGUGAGUGGAACUUUUUGGACAGGUGAAGGAAAUACAAGAAAGGUGUCGCUUUUUUUUUGCUAGUUUGAAGGUACACUGAGGUAAACGGAUAAGUCAUCUGACACAAAUUAAGAUGUUUUUACCUCCAUUUUGUUUCCUUAGUCUUAAGGAUUACUGGAAGAAACGAAUACCAGUAACAACAAGCUGUGUACGCAGUGUAAAUAUCAAUGUAGGGCUGUAUAGACCAUCACAAUGAGGAUCGAAGAAUUUCCUUUUUCCAUUGGGAGUUCUUUCAUAAUACAGGUCUUAGUAGAUCCUAAUACUUGGUAAAUAUUUUCAAUAUUGUGGAAAAGGAGGUCCCUAGUUGAUCGGUCCCUUGCAGCAUGCUGGUCUUGUUUCUUUUUGCAAACCUUUUGAAUGUGAUCAAACGAACCAGAGAUAGUGUAAAGCGUCUCCUGUGAUCAAAUCAACCAUUUUUUAAAUAUGUCCUUACUGACUUAGUACUCAACAUUAAAUACCUCUUAUGUUAAGAUGUCAUACUGGAUUUUUGUAGAAUUAAAGUCUUGACGUACAUGUCUGAUUUGAGAUGUUUUCUUCAACAUUUCACCAUGGAUCGAGGAUGGCUUCCAGUUUUUGACUUGAACCUGCACAAAUGUCAUCAAUUGCAUGACGUGCACACAAAGGAGAUCUUCAAGAAGAAUCUGAAGAUGAUGCCAUGACAAGAGAAGUGACAAGAAACUUGAAGCUCCUAACUCUUCAUAUUCUCGUUUCAGUGACUUGAAAAGAGGAUCUGACUUCCUUAGUAUCCUCAACUAGAGUAGCGUCUUCCUCUACUGUUUGCGUGAAGUUUUCGCAUACAACUUGAACCUGGAUAAAUGCUCAGUUGUGAGAUUCGCUUUUUCUAGCAAUGGUGGCAUGCAUCUGAAUGUGGAUUAUCUACCAUUUCCAGAAAGGAAGACUGAUCCUGCUCUUACAAUUUACUCCCUGUUCGCACAUUCCCACUCUCGACCCUGAAGUUUUACAAUAUCUCUGUCAGUAAUGAGCAUGAUGGGGGGGGGGGGGGAUUACAAGGUCUUUACUGUUACUUAUUGGAUCAAUACCUCAUCGAUGGGAUCAUAUCUUUAGGACUUCUGCAAUAUCAGGAGUUUAGGUCCUGCACAAAAAAAAAAAAAAAAAAAAAAGUUUACAAAUGGAACGAGACCGGCCAGUUGGCCUGCUUAUUAUUUGAUUGUGCAUUAAAAAAUGUGGCUUAUUUUGUAAUACGCUACCUAAUAUGCCCCUGUAGGAAGGUACCAAGAACUUGCAACCCAAAGAUGACAAUGAAGGGAAAUCUUUUUAUGACCGUACAUUCUCUUAUUGAAUUGUAUUGCUUUUUUUUAAACAAGGUGGGCCAUUACGGUUUACAUUAUGAACCUUAAGCUUCUUUUCAGAUGUAUUGAAGACCUUAACUUCAUUAGUAGAGUAUAAUGAAGUACUUUAUCGGUUUAGUGCUCAAUAAGCUGAUCUAAUAGUCGGCAGUGAGGAUUGAGAGGUUAAUUUGUUGUUUAGCACCCUGCCUUUAAGAACUUACCAGAUCUCGUUCCUCCUUGUGCUUCGUGCGUUCACCAGAACUGUCAACUCUAGAUAUUGUACUAGUCCUCUUUAAUUAUGUCACAGCUGGUCAGAUCUGACUUCUGUGUAGUUACUAAUGUUAAAAUAACUCUGUAUGUUUCAUCGAUUCAGACCGCUGGGAGGAAUACCGGAAAAGGAUAGUUCACCCAAAAAUGACAUUUCUCUCAUUAUUUGCUCACCCUCAAGUUGUUCCAAACCUGUUGAACUGAGAAGAUAUUUUGAUAUUUUGGUUACCAGACAGUUGCUCGUGUCACAUAACAGCAUUUGUUUUGCUUCCAGCAUUGCGCAAUUUAAUUGUGUUCAACUGAAGAAAGAAAUUCGUACAGGUUUGGAACAACAAGAGGUUGAAUAAAUGACACAAUUUUCAUUUUUGGGUGAACGGACUCUUCAAGCUAAUUACAGCUCAUAAAUCCAAAAGUCUGAACAGGAACUGGUGAUUUUAGAAAGAGUGACAAUUAUCACGGUAUAUUUCCAUUCGUUCUGGAUUACAGUAAGCAUUUUAAAUAAAUAUUGAAGGACUUGAAUUUUGCAUUUAACUUGAUGCAAUGAAACGGCCCCAUGUACAACAAUCUUUGACUAUGAAUUAAAUAAUCUUAGCAUGUAAAAUCGCUUUGGGCUGCAGAUAUUUAUUCAGUUAGUACUGGCGAAUGUGUGAUGCAGUUUUUGUAAAAGCGACAUUGAAACUUGUGCGUUGUGUUUGUUUGCGUGUGCGCGUCUGCAGUCACUGACUUUCCUUGAAGUGCGUCAUGAUGAUAACUCAAUUGGCUGACAUUAAUACACUGCACCUGUAAUUUUAUCAUUUUAUUGUAACUUCUUUUUUUUUUUAUGAAGCAAAAUGAACGGCAUCUUUCUGCCAAACAGUCUUGACACAUGAAAUUUGUGAUGCAGUCCAACAUUCGCCCGGGGAACUGCAUUAUUCUAAUGAACUACUUGAAGUUUGCCGUUUUGUUUCAUGUUAUGCAUGAUGACUCCUUUUAGCGGUUUUGUUACUUUUUAAGAAUCUGCAUUGUCAUGUAUCGAAAAGUACACUUGUUGUAACAGACCAAUUAGAUCAACUCUUUCCAUGGAACAUGUUUAGUUUUCUGUUUUAUGGUGGCAUAGUAGCUCUGAAUUGUUUUUAGAGUUCAGCAUUUGACCAAUAUAUGCCAAGUAUUACUUUUGUACCAUUUCCCUUUACUCUUAUUUUUUACUCCAGUAUAUAUUUUGCACUGUUUUUCUGCCACUCCACACAUCCAUACCUCAGUUUUGUUGGUAUUCUGAAAGCAUUGCUUAGUUCAUUACCUCAGAACUCAUUCACAUAGCUUUAGCAUAUUUAUGGCAAAAGUAGACAAAUACAAGAGCUUUGUAAAAUUUGGGUUUACAUUCAGUCAUAUUUUUGUUGUUGUUGAAAUAAUCUAUAAAUUGAAAAAAAAAAGUGAUUAAUGAAUGGAAACUUUCUAUUUAAUAUUGUUAAUUUACAGAAAAAGCACAUUGUGAAUUAUGAACCACAUAAAAAUCAAUACUAAAUCUUAGAUUCCUUUUAAAAGUUGCAUAAAAUUGGGUCAACUUUUCAAAGUUGUUAUUAUAGGGAAGUUGUGUAUGUUUGUUUUUUUAUCUUUUAGGAGUGCCUGUUGAUGUAACCAGCAUUUAAUUUCUACUUCUUUUCCAAAAAAAUCUCCCACUGAAAUGUCUUUUAAUGUGACUGGAAGACGUUGUACAUUUGAAUUAUGGCAAUACAUUAAAAAGGUGGAAUAUUG